UACAGGUCUAAAGAUGAAGUAGUGCAGAGCUUCAUACUGCAGAAAGACACCAAGAUGGACCAAUUUAUGUUUCCAGAUGCUGGACUCAACAUUGGACCUGCAGCUGCAUUUGCAAGAUCGCAGGUGGUCUUUAUCAUUAGGAUUGCAAAUAAUGCGUUGCAGCAAGGAAACCUCAGCAUGGCACUGCAACACUAUUCCGCGGCUUUGAAUACCUGCGAUAUGCAUUACCCAUUUCUACAGGAGGAUGUGCCAUUCAUCCUUAACAGCCGUUCGAUAGUACACAGUAGAAUGGGUAACUACUGUCCAGCUUUAAUGGAUGCCCAACAAAUUAAAGACAAAAAUCCAUUCUGGCAUGAGGGGUAUAUCCAAGCUGGAGUUGCGUUAAAAGGACUACGCCAGUUCAAAGAUGCUCUUGAAAACUUCUUACACAGCUACUUUGUUAUCGCAAAUCAACCUCAACACGCUCAACGUGGUGAUCAGUUUACACCGACAGUGGAUCUUCUAGUUGAAAUCAUUACUACAAUCAUUCAGCUUCCUAGACACAGAGAGGAUUGUGAAACACUGUUAGCUAAACAUCAAGAAUUACACGCGGGCUCUGAAAAAGAUCAACGAAUUCUUCUGCAACGACUCGCGUUUACAAAAUGUUGGGAAGGAGUAAGCUUGCUUGUGACCGGAAACCACUGUGGUCCAAGGAGCCCCUUAGACUUUUCAAUACCAAACUGUCCAGCUAAUGACAUGUGGGUCGGGUGUCUUCUGAUGGAUCUGUCUGUUAAUGACCUGAGCCGAUACGGAAUGCAGCUAGCUGUGGCGCUUCUUAAAAAUGGAGCUGACUUCGAUGAAAUUGAAAGAACAUGGAGAACUCCUGUCAUUCAUGUGGUUAUCACGAAAACUUUGGAAACAGGAUACGAUGAGCUACUCACAUUGAUAUUCAACAAAUAUCUAGACAGUCAAGAUAAAAAAGAUGCUGUUGACAAGGACAAUCAGUCUGUUUUUCACAUCAUCGUACAAUUCUCGUCGAGUGAUGAUGAAAGAAAAAAUGCCCUAAUAUGUAGGUGCAUUCAAAAUAGCUGCUCUCCUUUUAUCCUCGACCAAAAUGAAAAGCUUGCGAUUGAUUACUGUAAACCAGGGGAUGUCUGUUACCAGACUCUUUCAAAGAUUAUUACUGAUACAGAAAGUAUUCGAAUGCGGGUAUCACAUUUGAAAGCAAGAGGAAAUGCUGCUAAAGGAGAAAUGAAAAAUGACCAAGCUCUCAAAUUCUAUAAGGAUGGUUUGAAGUUGUCAAAGAGAAGUGACAUUUUAAGAAGAGAGACUGCAGUUCUCUAUACAAAUAUAUCGACAGUGUACAGCGAUCUGAAUAAUCUUCAAAAUGCCCUACAAAAUGCAACUUGUGCAACUGAAAUGGAUUCUACUUGGUCAAAGGGUCACUGGCGAAGAUCGAACUCGUUGAGAAGACUCAACCGGUUUUCAGAGGCUUUCGAAGCAAGUUGGAUUGGUUUCAAUAUACCGGAGUUGUCUGAUCAGGAAAAAAAGUCUAUUUUGAUAGAAGGGAUCAAAUCGUUUAAACACCUUUCAGAAGCUGAGAAAAAAGAGAAAUACGAUGUUCUAAGGAGAAUACCAAACGGUUUAUGGUCUCAUUUGCUAGAGAACCUCAGCAAGCAGGGAGAAUGGAAGUUAAUAAAGGAACUAGUUCUUGGACUAGAUAACAAUACGGAACCCGAAGAACAGGGUGCUGCAAAGGAUGCCGACUUUAGUACCGUCACUUUCUCUACGCUUUUCACGUUUCUUAUAAAGGAAAAAGAGCCUAAAGUUACAGGAGCCUGGUUGGUCCCUUUAGUCAUCCACAUUACCUCGCUCUCAGAUAAAAAAGACGAAGAAGCCGUGCUAAGGUUCAAGGAAUGUGAAACUGACACAGCUCUCCAUGCCGCAGCAAGAUUAUCAGUCAUUACAGAAAAUUUGCAGAUGCUCCAGCGCAUGACAGAACUUCAAAAGUGCAUUGAUUUGAAAGAUGGAGUAGGAAAUUCACCUUUGCAUUCCAUCGUUAAGAUGCCACGACCCCCAGAGACAGAGGCGUUUGUGCAGGUGGUAGAAACAUUGCUCCGUAUUGGUGGUUUGUCAGAUAUCAAAGACAAUGCCGGAAAACUGGCUGUAGAGUUUGUUGACCCCAACACAGAGCCUAAAACAUUUAAUCUUUUGAAAUCAAGUAUAGGAUCUGUGACAAAUACAGAACCACAGACAGAACAAAAACACGACACCCCUACAAACGAAAUUCCACCAAAUGAUUAUUUGCCUGAAAACAAUGUUGUACCCAAAACCGACAACAACUCACCAUUAUCAUCAAGAGAAGUGUCAAGAGAAGUUUUCAAAUUUAACAAACGUGAAGGUGAUAAGGCAUUUAAAAAGAAGCAAUUUAAAGAAGCACUCAUAUUGUAUAAAAAGGCCAAAGAACACAUGAGAGAAGCAAAAAGAAGUGAUCUUAUUGAAGUGUUUUGCAACCUGACAGACUGUCUUCAGUUCUUCGAGCAAUACAACACCAUUUUGGAAGAGAAAAAUCAAUUUGGGUCUUACAUAGAAACAUCUUUCGAGGCUCAAUUUAGAAUUGGAAUAGCGUGCAUAGCCUUAGAAAAAUACGAGCAAGGUUAUCAUCAAAUGUGCAAAACAUAUAACACUUGGCCUACGGCACCUCUGAAGGAUGAUAUGUUGUGCAAACUGGCCAAAUGUUAUUCAAAAUGCAUCGAAAAAGGCAUACGCAUUCCUGUUUUAAGAGGCGUUAUCAAAAUGAGAAAAGGCAAAUGGAUGAGGCUAAUCUACAUACUAAUUCAGAACAGCGAUUGGGUCUCAGCAGAAAACAUCUACUAUGACUUGAAAGGUUGGGGAGAAACAUUUCGUGAUUCAUUUGAUUUGAAAACAGUGUGUAACAUUAACUUGCUUCAUGAACAUAGUUGGGCCGUUGAUUAUAUCAUGGAUCUGAUGAAAAACGGAAGUGACUGGCGAAAACUUUGCAUUGAGAAAGGAGAAUCUUACCUCCAUGCAGGCGUAAGAAUUGCAUUGGCAACAGAAUGCGAAGACCUUCUUCGUUAUCUCCUGAAUGAAGCAAUGAAAAGCCGUGAAUUGGACAUUCAGGAUUCUCACAGUAAUACAAUACUCCAUCUUGCUGUGGAUAACAGAGUGUUAAGUACUGGAAAUCGAGAAUUUCAAAUGUUAGUUGUUAAUAUACUGCUUCAGACUGGAGUUAAUCCCCUCAUAUUGAAUAAAAAGAAAAAGCUGGCAUCAAAAUGCGUACCAAAGUCCUUUCCACAACUAUCAGAACGCAUACAAUUUUUUGAAAAAGCAAUGAAAACGAAGAUAAAGAAACAGGAAGAAGAAAAUCGACGUAUAGAAGAAGUUCGAAAAAUCCAAAAACAGCAAGAAAAACGGAGACAUCAGGAGGAAAAAGAGCGAAAUAAAAAGACCAGAGAGGAAAAGACACUUGCUGCAAAUAAUGAAAGAGAUUGUCGUUCUCUAUGUGCUAAUGCAUUGGAAAGCGCUAAAGAAAAAAUGAGAUCCCAAAAAUAUCGACUAGCAUACUACGAUAUAACAAACAUUUUCAAGAACACGAAACAUAGAUUGGACAUACACAAACAAAUAGAAAACGAGGCCCUUUAUCUUGUUAUCAGCGCUCUUGGACAAAAUGAAAAUCCAGAUAUUCCUGAAAAACUAACGAAGAUACCGAUUAAAACGUACAAGAAAAUAGUAUCUGGUCUUGCAGAGAAAGAAUAUUGGAAACAAAUGCACAUUGCUGUUGUUGAAUAUCGAAGACAUCAUGGAUGUUCCUCCUUAUCGGACUUUGCAGACGGACUUUCGGUUAAUCAGGUUAUCAAAUGCAAACAGCUCCAACAAAGCGAGGACCUACUUAUUGAAAUCAUUGAAAACAUGCUGAGUAGUGGGGCUGUAUUAUCUGAGGAAGGAAAAGACGCAAUUGGAACUGCUGUACAGAAUAACCAUUUUAAGUUCUUAAACCGACUGUUUGGUUUUGGUGCUAAUCCAAAGUACCUUUCUGUGGAAACUGGUGAUACACCUAUACAUGCAGCGUUAUAUAUAGCAUUAGAAAGGGACCAAGGAAAUACUGGAAUUCUUGAGAGGUUUAUAGAGAUGUUCAAGAAAGACCCUACACGUUUCCCAUUGUUAGACCCCGCCUCUCUUAAUGAAUUUGGCGAUAGCUUGUUUCACGUUAUUGCAAAGAUAAAAUUCAGCAAAACGUCAUUGGAAGUUACAAGAAUAUUAUGCGAAAAAGGCGUUAAAUCAAACAUUAAGGACAGCGAAGGAAGACUGCCUGUAGAAUAUAUACUGAAUGAAAAUGACAGACGUUUGCAGUACUUUCGGCUAGCUUCAAGAGCAGCUAACCUACAUACAGAUGAUACAGGUGGAGGAAAUGAUAGAGAAAACAAGCACGGUACAAACAAGAAAAAAACUGCCGACAGCACAAUACCUGAUGCACCGUUGAAAAAACAGAAACUUAAAGAAAAUAUAAGUCACAUGAUCAGUGAAUUAAAUGACAUUGGAAUGUACUCCGAAGAAUUAAUGACCAAGAGUCGGAAACGACGGGACGUGAAGAAAAAAGAGGCAUACGACUUGGAAUUAAAACAUGCCCAAAAGACAAAUGCACAGACAUCACAUUCUGCACGAGCCAUUUCAAUAAAAGAUGUUGGAUCUUUCCAGGAACCAUUACGUCCGAUUGAACCAGGAAUGUUUGAGGACAAUGAAUGGGAAAUUGAAUGUACAUCUCUAGUAUGGGAAAAGCUAAUAAGUUCAGCCUUUCCACUGCAACGUCGAAAAGAAAUCAUUGCAUCCUUUCAAAGGUUUGCCAGCGGAAUAUUUUCGACUAGUAUUUGUUUAGAGAUUGAACCAGGUAGUUUAUUUGAAACAAUAGAAAUAUAUGAAACUGGACCAAUACUAUGGGAAAUAGCAGUAAGUUUUUCUCCGAGAUUAACUGACUCUGAAACCGAUUCAAAAAAUGUGUACACAGAAACUGUGCGAGUUUGGGACAUCGUAGAAACUAACACUGAAAAAGAGGCAUCGCUAGCCAGAAUUAAAGAAUCAUACUUAAGAGGUGGAGAGUGUAUUUAUGAAAAAUAUCUCACAUGCUCGGUAAAUGCUGACCAGAAACUGUUUGAUAAUUUUGAUAAAGAAAAAAGAAUUCCCAGAAGGUAUUUUGGUUGCUCACGCUCGGACACAGAAAUAAAAAAGCAGAAGAUGAUCUUUCCUGGGAGCUACUCUGCGACAGAAUUUCAUAUCUUGAAGUUUUAUUCAUUUACAACUCAAAUGGCCAUGACUUCAUUACAAUCAAAUAGUUGCACUAAAGAUUUUCCAUUUAAAGUUACGGAAGUGGAACAUUCGGUUAUAUGUCUGCCUUCUUCUGAUCCCAUCUUGCUUCUAGGAAGAAGUGGAACGGGUAAAACAACAUGUUGUCUCUACAGAUUAUGGAGCAGAUAUGACCAAAACGCGAGAGAUACUGCACAUAGGUUUGAUCCUGGAGAUGAAGAUGACGAAAAUGGAUCGAUGGAAAAUGAAUUGAAUAAUGAAUUGACACAGGAUAAUGUUGAGAAAAAAACUUUUCGACAGCUUUUUAUUACAAAAAAUUUAGUUUUAUGCAAUGAGGUUCAGAAAACAUUUUCUGAGAUGAGAAAUUCGUUGGAUGAAAAUAAUUUGCCAGCAGUAUCGGCAGCUGAGGAAACAAUUCCUCCGAGACUGCAAGACCUUCAGAAUAUUCAUUUUCCUCUGUUCCUGACAUCAAGAAAACUGCUGCUUAUGCUUGAUGGAUCGCUCCCUGACCCGUUCUUCAGACGAGAUGCAUCUGGAAAUAUUGUGGAUGAUGUACCAGGAUGGUCAUCCGAUGAUGAUAGCCUAUCAUUUCUACCUAAGCUUGAGGAUGACUCAGAGAGUGAGUCAGACGAAGAAUUAUACGAUGAACAAUCUGUCGACAAUGAUAACCCUGGUGUCAGUAACAGAAAAAAAUGUGCUAAAAUUGAAGUUACAUACGAUGUAUUUUGUAAUUCGGUGUGGCCAAAAAUACGGAAAGGAUUUGAACAAUACCACCCAUCCUUAGUCUGGAUGGAAAUUAUUUCUUUCAUCAAAGGAUCAUAUGAAGCAUUGGUUCAUAAAAACGGAUAUUUAGAUAGGAGAGAUUAUAUUUUACAAGGGAAGAAAAAAGCUCCAAACUUUUCUGGUGAACGGGAAACGAUAUAUGAUAUUUUUUUGAAAUAUCGGCAUUUUCUAAAACAGCGUUUCUGGUUUGACGAGGCAGAUGUUGUCAGGAAUAUAUUUUGCAGACUACAUGGAUUAGGUAUUCGUAUAAACAAUUUGAACAUCAACGAAAUAUAUGUCGAUGAAACUCAAGAUUUCACUCAGGCCGAGUUAUACCUGAUGUUACAUAUCUGUCAGAAUCCUAAUGAUAUGUUUUUAACUGGCGACACUGCACAAGGUAUCAUGAGAGGAAUAUCAUUUCGUUUCAAGGAUCUGCGUUCCCUGUUCUAUCAUGCGAGUCAAAAAAUGAAAUCUAUCAAAGUUCCAGAGAGGAUUCAUCAACUUAGUCACAAUUAUAGAUCUCAUACUGGUGUUCUGAAUUUAGCAUCAAGUAUUCUUGAUAUCCUGGUUGAAUACUUUCCAGAAUCAUUCGACAUUCUUCAAAAAGAUCUUGGAUUGUUUAAUGGGCCAUCUCCAAUCCUCCUUGAAAUAUGUGACAAAAGCAACUUGGCAGUACUACUGAAAGGAAAGGGUAGAUCGACAUCGAGAAUAGAGUUUGGAGCACACCAGGCUGUUCUUGUCGCAAAUGACAGAACUCGAGAAAAUCUACCUGAUGAACUACAACAUGGCAUAGUUCUUACCAUCUACGAGGCUAAAGGAUUGGAGUUUGACGAUAUUUUGCUAUAUAACUUCUUUCAAGACUCACAGGCUGGAAAAGAAUGGAGGGUCGUGACAAAAUUCUUGGAGAAAUUAUGUAACGCAGAUGGGAAUGAAAUACAAGUUGGACCCUCAGCUGAUUGUGAAAGUCUCACUGAAAUUGAUUACAGCGUUUUUGAAGAGAGUAACAGGCCUCGACCACUUGCAUUUGACCAAAAUAAACACAAAGUUUUGAACACGGAACUAAAGCAACUAUAUACUGCGAUUACCAGAGCAAGAGUUCAUGUCUGGAUAUUUGAUGAGAAUGAAGAUAACAGAGCACCGAUGUUUGAAUAUUUUAAAGCGAGAAAACUUGUACAAAGUGUCAAAGAAGGGGAAACAGGAUUUAAUUUAGGAUUUGCCGAGGUUUCCUCGCCAGAAGAGUGGAUUGAAACUGGAGAAAAAUUUAUGAAGAAGUCAUUGUUUAACACAGCUGCUACAUGUUUCCGAGAAGCAGGGGAAUUUGAAAUGGAAAAAAUCGCAAAAUGUCAUCAAAAAGCCUUAGAUGCCUCCAAAAUGAUUGAACAUCCUGCUCAAAUGCGAGAGUUGUUUCUGUCUGCGGCGCACGAUUUUCUGGAAUGUGAACACCCAUUAGAAGCAGGAAAGUGCUUAGAAAACGCAAAGGAAUUAUCUCUUGCCGCUGAUCUCUACAGAAAGACUAACAUGGUAGAAAAAGCUGCAGAGAUCUACAUAAAAAUGCGUCUACCGCUUAAAGGUAGUAAAUGCUUCGAAGAAGCAGGGCAGUUCAAACAGGCAUUAUCUCUGUUAAUCAAACAUAAUCUCUUCGAAGCCGCCAUUGACUGUCUUCAUAGGUAUCAAAUAUUAGUACAGGGCUAUGAAGUCAAAAACGAACCCAUUCCAUCCCGCCUCGUUGAAAAUGCUCCAGGACCAAACCACUCUGAACAAAAACUAAGUCUUCAAGCAGCAGAGUCCUUCCUUAAACAAGGCAAAAUUGAGAAGAUGAUGUUGGCCCUAAAUCGUUUACCAGAUGUCAAACACAAAGUGGAGUUUUUGACGGUGAAUGAUCGUAUACAAGAAGCAAUUAACGUCCUACAGUCAGAGGGAACCCCUAGGCAGCUUGUUGACGUAUACCUGAACGAUGGAAUGACAGACAAAGCUUUGUGUUAUGCUGCAAAUCUAGGAGAUAGUGAUUUAAGAAACAAAUGCCACAUAUUUAAUAGCAUUAUUAGGUUAGAUGGCAACGAUAUGAAUAGUCCUUUUAAUAUGGAAAUUUGCAAAAAACUAGAACAAGUAUUUUAUGCAAUGCACGAUUCAAAAGAAAAAGCUUUAGCUGGGAAAGCAAUAUUAAUUGUUGGAAAAUUCAACAAAGAAAUACAAAAAAUUGGACAAGCGUACGGAGCAUUUGACCAUUGCGAGCCAUUUCCAAAUAUUGCUGGCCAGCUGGACUGUAUGGACUGGAUGACUUUGAAUGCAGAUCUUAGAAACCCCAAAAAUUUAUCAAAAUGUAUCCUUGGAAUGGACACGUUAUUCAAAGCCUUAAACAUUUUGAUGCGACCCAUUAAUGAAAGCGAAAGGACACAACUUGUAGAUAUUUUGGAAUACUAUGGUUUUCAUAGAUCCACAAAAGAAGGAAUAUUUCGGGUAUACCCUCGGCAAAAACCAAUCGCCGCAUCAUUUAUUCCAAAGCAUAUUUUAAGUGGACAUGUCUGUGAUGUUAAAUUGCUUGAUGCUUGCAAGUGGAGUUUCAAAUUCUUUGCAGAAAGUGGCCUAAAAUGGAAGUCUAAAUUGGAAGAAGAAUUGAAAAAUACGCUCGAUGAAUGUCUUAAAUCCUCGUUAGAUACUCUAAGAAAGCGGGUGCAUAUAUUUGUUCAACGCAUAGAGCUUGAAAUGCACAUUCGAGUUGGUUCUAUGGAACUUGAAAGACGAGGAUUAUUUUUUGACAAAGAGCUUGGAUCGCUUAAAGUAAUUUCAUAUUCUAAUUGUGAGUACCUUCUUCAAGAUAUUUUUCAGGAUAACGGUACAAUCAGUUUUUCAACACUGGACUGGGAACAAAUGCUACAGUUUUGUAAUUUUCUUAAAAAUCCAGGAAAACGAUUUUUUCAUCAAAAUUUGACAUAUUAUUUGCAAGUUUUGGUACAUCACUGUUCGAGUUGGAGAAAGGACGAAGUUCCAAACUUUCUUUGGUUUCUUUUUGUUUAUGACAUAUUUGGCGAGCGUUUGCAAAUUACACCAGCAUUUGUAUUAAAAAAUAAAGACGAAAUUGCACAAACUGAAGAACCUAAAGCAACUAUCCAGAAGGAUGUGACAAAACCACAGUUUGAGCCAACAUUUGAUGAUGUGAAAGAGCGAAGGUUACCGUUGUCUUCAAUUUGUGCUAGAAUAUCUGAGUGUCAAGAACUGUUGAAAGGUUUUAAACCACAUAUAGCUUUAAUUGAAUUUGGUAUUUUCUGUGAAACACUUAGUCAGUGCGAUGUAAUGUUACUUACAUGUGUCUCACCACUUUUAUACUGGAUGGAAUUUUAUCUAACUCUUUUUCUCUUUUCAUCAACGGCGCUGUUGACUACUCCAAAUGAAAGCAAUCCAAACAAAAUAUUCUUACCAUUGUCGUACUAUAGAAACACUAUUGCGAUGAGCUGUGCAUUUACUAAUCGCACAGACAUAAUCCGAAAUAUAAUAAAAAACAGUAAAGAUUCCAAGCAGCAUAAACAGGCUCUUCUAAAAUCUCUUCACUCAAUGGGAAAAUUACUUUUUGGAACCUCGUCUAAAAUAAAUCUUUUUGAUUUUGUAUUCUCAAGCGAAGAAAACAAAUUGGUAGGAGCUCAGAGGAAUGCCUUUUCUGAACGAUUAUUAGUUUUGUGCCUUGCAGUAUUUUGUAAUCUGAGAAAGAAGGUGGACAAAGCAGCAGAAAUUGAAAAAGAAUUAGCAGAAAAGAUUUGGUCUUUAGUUUCGUUACAAAAAAAGAAAAACGUUCCCGACGAAAUGAAGCAGAGAUUGAAGAAGACAAAGAAACAUUAUAUGAAGCCCAGUGAUUUUCAGUUAAUGUAUUAUGACUUUGUCAAUUGCAAACAAAAUGAUGAGAAUUUAUUUUGUUUUGGAGUAAAUUGCCAAGGCGCGGACGUGACAUUGCAUGAAGAGAUAUUUAAUAUGGAAAAUUGUCGAAAGGUACAUUUUCUAAAUCCAGAAACAGGUCGGGUUGUACAAACUUUAUCGACUCAUAACAGUAAAGACCGAGAAAGUGAAAUGCUUAUUGAAAGACAUAAUAAGAAUUCGAAGGUUUGUAUUGAUCUAUCAGAUCUUCAUGUGAAAAAUAACAUUGAAAACACUUUGCAGGAAGACAAUCUGUGUACUGAAAAGAGGGAAACUUUAAUUAAACAGCAAGAACCUCAAUCAAAAGAAGAAAGGGCAAUAAAUAUUAUCGUACGUGCUUUGAGGAAGUAUGUUUUCCGAAAAAAAAGUUUAGGAAUGAUUUAUAAAUUAAAACAACUGAUAAAAACUAAAAGAGAUGAGGAAAUAGAAAAAAGUUUCAGUUCUCCAUCGCAUGUCCAAACUAUGUGUGGAGUAUGUGGAAUACAUUACGUUACGUCUUCUGAGGGUUCAAAUGAUAAUACAAUCAUUUAUGAAAGACAGGAAAACCGAUUGAAAGAUACCAAUUUGAGUCAUAGUUGUGAACGCUUAAACGACCUUGAAUCAACUGUUAAAACUUUAAGUGACUCGCAACUUGAUUCUUGCAGUACAGAUACUAUUGAUCCAUUUCAACUUUUAAUGAAAUGCAGCCAGAAUAUUGAAGAAGUUCAAGAAACGUAUGAGGUCCACAUUGCAAAUGAGGCACACCAUUCAAAGUUAUCUCAGUAUGAAGGCUUCCGAUGCAAAGUCGCCGAAAUCUACGAUGCAGUAAAUGAUGUUGAACGAUUCAUCGAUAUUUACGGACUACGCAACGUCAACUCUGCUAAAUUGUAUCCUGACCUGUAUCCGAAUAUAGAGCUCCUUUGCAACAGCCUAAGGGAACUUGUCGAGUUUAAGAAACAAAUCAUCAAGGAAAAAGAUUGGGGAAAUUCCGAAAUAGAUGACAAAGUGCGAGACUUGCUUGCUAUGCUUUCUUUAUUGAAAGAACCAGUUAAGCAAAAGGCCAAGGAAAACAAAGAGAAAAAGAAACUCUCUACUGAUGUCAAUUUUCAGAAAAAAUCCUCUAAGAAAAGCAGACCAAGCUUUAAAAACCAACCAAAGUUUACGUUUUCUUCUUCAUGAUGUACGAAAGUUUAUCAAUUUACGAUAAACAAUCAUCACUUUUAUAACUUUAUUUUAUUUUUUUUUGCGAAAUUCUUUGGCAAAAAUUUUCUGUGUAUGCUUUAAAAGGUGUUUCAAGCUGUUAAAUUUAAAUAACUUCGUGUUUUUAGUUGAUUUUUUGUAUUAAUGAAUGUGACAAACAUUUUAUGCUCUUUUAAUAGAUGUAUCUAUAAUUUAACUGUUUUGAUGAUCACUGUAUGGAAAGUGCCAAUCGAAAAUGUGGUUGAUUUAGAUCACUAGCAAUAUUGAUUUGGGUACUCUUGAGUAUGUUUAAAAAUGCAAAACUUCAAAUGGGACAAAAACUGGUAAAUAUUUCAUAAAAGUUAGUUUUGAGGAAUUUUGGAAAACCUUGUUACUCAAUUUUCUGCAAAAACAUACAUGUAACAAACUCGCAUGAACAGUGCUAUUAUUAGAAAUAAUCAAUAGCGAGACUUAAUUAGUUGAAAAAGUGGUGUAAGUAAUCGUAGAGUUUGAUUCCACGACUUUUCAGUGUUGAUGUUCCUGCAAUGCUUGAAUUGCGCUCCUGUUAUGAUUGAUUUGUGUAAAUUUUAUGAUUUAACGGGUACAUAUGUGUCAGGUCAGUGUUAUAGUAUACCUAUCAAGAUGUAAUGUAAGGAAUAUUUCCAAAUGUACCUAUAUAUGCACCUUCAGCAACACAUUGUAUCACUGUUAAUACUAUCAAAAUUAUUUUAAUUAAGGACAGGGUACGUUUUUAUCUAACAAAAAAGUGUUCUUUUUUUGGUGAUUCAUGUGUGAUACGACGGUGGCGAUAUUGCAUACUGCAUUGAUCGCUACGUUCAUAACAGACAUAAAU